UCUACUAAGCACGGUGUGUGACUCGGCUUACCUUACACACAAAACACUACACAACCCUUCCUGGAUCUACGGAGCUCAGAGCCAAACAUGGGCUCAGUAAAGGGGUGGAUCUGUGUGGUACUGGUGGGAAUUCUGGGAUAUCUAUGCAUGGACAGUUUCGACCCUGAAAGCAUUGCCAAUGCCAGGGUACUAGUCACUGGGGCAAGCACAGGCAUCGGAGAGGAGAUAGCGUAUCACUAUGCAAAGGCAGGAGCCCAGCUGGUUAUAACAGCAAGGAGGGAACAAGCACUGCAAAAGGUGAAGGCCAAAUGCCUGGAACUUGGAGCAAAGAAUGUGUCCCUGAUUAUUGCAGAUAUGGGAGAGCCUGUGGAUCGGGAACAAAUAUUGGAGAAGGCUGUUACUGUGCUGGGAGGUCUAGAUUAUCUGGUGUUAAAUCACAUUGGUUAUACCCCAUUUCAGAUGUGGGAAGGAGAUGUGAGUCAUGCUCGCUGGUUAAUGGAGGUGAAUUUUAUAAGCUAUGUUGAUCUGGCAACAGCUGCACUGCCUUAUUUGACCCAGACAAAGGGCUCCAUCAUCGUGUUGUCGUCCUUAACAGGUAAAACACCUAUUCCAUUUGCAGCACCCUAUGCUGCCACCAAAUUUGCCCUGGAAGGAUUCUUUGUGGCACUGCGGCAUGAGCUGACAAUGCGUGAAUCUCCUAUAUCCAUCACACUCUGUAUUCUGGGUUUAAUUGACACCCAGUCAGCCAUGGAGAAGACAAAAGAAAAAGUCUCCAUUUCUGCGUACCCUGCCAAAGAUGCUGCAUUUGCCGUGGUGUCAGCAGGUGCAAGACGUGUGAAAGAGAUGUACUAUCCCUGGUAUGUCUGGCCUACAUGCUUCUUCCGGGACUGGUUUCCACAGAUAAGAGACUGGGCAAUACUGAGGACAUUUAAUUAUGAACCACAGAGACAGGAGCAAAAAGCACUUUAGUAACUAAAAUAAAAAAUUAUAUAUGCUACUGUUA